AUGGUAACUCCGAUAACGGUCUUGGGCGGCGCCGACGAAGCUCCGUACCAUCUCCUCCGCAGCUCCGAUGACUCGCGCCUCAAUCAGCUUGGCUACAAGCAGGAGCUCCGCCGCAGCCUCUCUCAAGGCCUGGCUUUUGGUGGGCCGGUAACUAUGAUUUAUGGGUGGCCAGUUGUGGGCCUAAUGACUAUUGUAGUGGGCCUGUCUCUGUCAGAGAUCUGCUCAGCUUAUCCAGUUUCAGGUGGGCUGUAUUUUUGGAGCGCGAAGCUUGGUGGUAACUAUUGGGGUCCUUUUACAUCGUGGCUCACUGGCUGGUAA